AUGGCCGACCCAUCAUUGGAAAUCUCGCUGCAGGCAACCAACGCUGAACCCCAACAAAUCAUCGACAGACUGGUUGAGACCUGGAUGGCAGGCCACGACACGAGAGUCGCAGAAUGGAAUAGAUGCCAGGAUGAAGAAGCACAAGAAGAAGAAGAGAUGCGAUUAGUGCAUGCAGCUAGAGAAGAGGAAGAACACCUAGCAAGGCAAGUCGAGGAAGAGAACGAGCACCUCGAAUCAGAGAAGAAGAAGCCCAAGAUGAAUGGUUUCAAUGUAGCAUCCACUAUCGGCAAUGCCAUAGCGCCGUGUCCCUCCCAAUACGCCAUCCAAAAACUAAACAAUUUUGAAUAUAUAGAACUAUGGUACUUCUCCCCCAAUGGCUGCAAAGAAGCCAUGAAGAUGUCGUGUUCCAUCGCAGACAAUACCUUCAGCCUAACCAAACUCGACUGA